AUGGAGAUCUUUCCUAGACCACCAGGUUAUGUACUCUGUCCUGAAACUAGGGUUCCGACCCGGACCCCGCAAAUCCGGAAGAAUCCGGUCAACCCGCGGACGGGUUCUGGGUUCGGGAUCGGCUUUGGGAGAUCCGGCAUCCGGUCGGAUGCUGAAAACCCCCAGACCUCGGGGGUUUUGACGGGGAAUCCCCUGAUCCGGAAGAACCCGGCGCGGGGCCGGAUACCCGCCGGGUUCGGCUGCGGGAGGCGUGAAACCCGGAUCCGAGGCACCGGGUCGGAACCCUACCUGAAACCCAACCCAAUGAGCCCGCGGUUACUACCGCUGUUACCCCGCCCCCAAGCCUGCCUACCCCUAUCAUACUUCAGUGCUGUCUUUUUCUUGGAAAAUGAUAACCCCAAUGGCCCUAUGGAGCCGACGGUUCAAUGGACCAAAGUCACUUCCUCUUCUUUGCUGCGAGCCCAGCCGUGGGUGGUCAACCUUCAGUCCAUGAACUGGGACGAGUUCCAACACGGGGGGGGUUGA